CAUGCCUAGUACUCCCCAGCGAGGUGGAGGUGAUUUAGGGUUCCAGGCCGCCGCCCUCCGCCAGCAGUUCCCUGACCGGCGCCGCGACUUCUCCGGGCCAGUGGAACGAAGUUGCCGCAUCGGCGUCCCCUGCAUCCCACCGCAUCGAGAAGGGACAGGGUUGCUGAGAGCAGCAGCGCCACCAGCCCAACCGUGGUGAUGGCUUCGUCGCCGGAGAAGAAGGAUCCUCCUAGUUGUGGCUCUCGGGAUUCCCAGCCCAUCCCUUGCACGGACGAUCCCCCCUUGUCUGAAUCCCCAACGACGGACCUAGGCUGCCACGAUCCGCGCGACGAGGACGCCGACCACCCGGCACCACCCAUGGGCAAAGGUGACAUCGACGAGGAUAGUGAUGAUGAUGGUUACGCAGACGAGGAGACAACUUGCCCAGGGCAGAACUUCACGAAGGAGCAGGCAAAGGAAAUAAUUCGCAAGUGGCUAGAAACAUACGACAAGAGGAAUAGAGAAUUCAUGGUGGCGUGCGAGGAGUUCCAAAAGCAGGGAGGGGAUGAGACGAGUGCUUCUUGUCCAGUAUUUCCUUUGAAACCGCUCCCGGAGACAACAGAUUUCUGUACCACCAAGAGUUUGUGCUAUCACCGUGAAUACAAGACCAAUGAUACUUCUGAGACUGCAUCUACUAUUGGGUGGCUUGAACCCAAGGAGAUGCUCCAGAUCUUCUCUUUGAGGUUGUCCAGCUCCAUGUCCUAUCCUAUUAGUGUUUACGGAAUCUUUGCAGUACGUGAUUACUUGGACCCUUUGAGGAAUUAUGUCUUCAACCGUACCAGAGAUGAUCCUGUCAUAGUUGAACAGGAUUCCUUCACAUUACCUCUUUGCAGCCCUUGUCGAGGAAUGUAUGUAGUAGAAUAUGCAUUGUUUGAGGUUGAUCUUUGGGUGAAAAUGGAAGGUGGAGUAUCUAAUGACAAGCAAUUAGUAUCCGCGUAUGUCGAGAUUUUUGCCCGUGGCGUGUUUAAUAAGGAGAUAAGGGGGCGGAUAUUAAGCGACCAUUGCUAUCUGGACAUACACUAUAUGUAUCUUUCACAGAGUAUUGAAGCUGUCAUACAAGUAUCCACAGAGAUUGACAGUAACGAUCCUCGUCAUGUGAGAUUCACUGCAUUUUGUAGUGGCUUUGACCGUGAGAUUUUGCUGUUCAAUGGGAAAUUCUGCAAGGACAAGUCUUUCCAGCACAUUGUGGCAAUGAAGUCCAAGGGAAAACUGGUUGUUCACUUGGAGUUUGAGGGAUCCCUGUUUUGCUGGACUUUUAACAAUGGUGAGCUUGGAGCUGUUAAUUCUCCCGAUGAUUCAGUCCUGAAGCAAUUUCAUGUCAGGGUGUUGUUUUCUCCAAAAUAAUGUGUACCAGCCUAUAAUAGCUUCUUUGGGUGAAGGAGAGGAAGUAAAUCAGUAUAAAAAGCUUGAUACAAUGUAGUGCUUGUGUUAAGAUGCUUAUCUGGGUAAUAAACUAGACCAGUACUUGCAUUCAGAUUUGCAAAUUGCAUCCAGGGCCGAGAUUGUUGGAGGCACUGUUCACAAGGAGGCUUAAUCUUUGAAACCUGGAUGGGAUGUCCAUCCAUCAUUGUGCUCUAGCCUCUAAUCCAAACAUUGAUGGAUUGUACACAAUUUGUGCUUUAUGGGCUUAAUUUUACCUCCAUUCUCUCGCCCACUAGGGAAUAUUUCUGGUGAAUAGUGUUAGGUCCUCUUUGUUAAAGCUUAGACUUAUUGACUUAGGUUUUAAAGUUAUCUUUUUUUUAUAUA